AUGCUGAAGAGAAGGCCAAGAAGGCCAUCACUGACGCAGCCAUGAUGGCAGAAGAGCUGAAGAAGGAGCAGGACACCAGUGCCCACCUGGAGAGGAUGAAGAAGAACCUGGACCAGACAGUGAAGGACCUGCAGCACCGUCUGGAUGAGGCGGAGCAGCUGGCCCUGAAGGGAGGCAAGAAGCAAAUCCAGAAGCUGGAGGCCAGGGUGCGGGAGCUGGAAGGGGAGGUUGAUGCUGAGCAGAAGCGCAGCGCUGAAGCUGUGAAGGGUGUGCGCAAGUACGAGAGGAGGGUGAAGGAGCUGACCUACCAGGUAAGGUUGAUGGCAUCUUUGUGUUGACAUACCAUUCUAUAG